AUGGUAUUAUUUUAUUAUUUGUUUUUGAAAUUCCCUAUGUAUGAUUUCUUUCGUUUACACCGUGGGCUAAUUUUCUGUCCUCCUCCUCCUCCUCCUCCUCCUCCUCCUCCUACUACUACUACUACUACUACUACUACUACUACUACUACUACUACUACUACUACUACUACUACUACUACUACUACUACUACUACUACUACUACUACUACUACUACUACUACUACUACUACUACUACUACUACUACUACCAUGCUAAUUGUAAAUCAAUUUAUACGCAUUAGAUGCUUCUUUAAAAUGGUCUUUUUUCUUAAUCUUUCUCACUAA